CGAAGACGUCCCUCCCCACCUCGCCCCCUCCGGGAGGCCGAAGUUGAGUCCAACGGCUACCCCGCUUCGAGGAACCCAGGCCGGGGCCGAGCGAGGCGGGCCUGGGUUCGAGAUUACUCCCCGCGCGGAGCGGAGCGGGGCUGGGGCGCGGGAGGAGGGGAAGGCGAAGAAGUUGCAAGUGGGUGAAGGGAGCGAAUGAGAGAGAGGAGUCGUGGUCUCGGUGGAGGCUGCGGCAGGGCUUCCUAAGCGGCUCCGUGGACUCCGGAGAGGGGGCGCGGGCUGAGGGUCCCGGGGGCCGGAACCCUGUCCGCUCCCGCCGCCCCGGCCGCGGACUGCCGGCCCUUCCCCCCCCGCCCCGACCCCUCGCUCCUAGCCAUCCGUCUCCAGCCCCCCGGCGCCCCCCGUGUCUGACGCUUAUGGGAAUGAAGCACUCUUCCCGCUGUCUGCUCCUCCGGAGGAAGAUGGCGGAGAACGCGGCCGAGAACCUGGAGGUCAGCAAUGGCCCGUCACAGCCCGCCCCGCCCGCCCAGCCCGUCACGGCCUCCAAGCAGACCCCUGGGACCCGCCACGUGUCCACGCAGCCCUCCUGCCCGGGCCGGGGAAAGCUGUCCAAGUUGCUGAACCCGGAGGAGAUGACGUCCAGAGACUACUACUUUGACUCAUAUGCACACUUCGGCAUCCACGAGGAGAUGCUGAAGGAUGAAGUGCGCACGCUCACGUACCGGAAUGCCAUGUACCACAACAAGCACGUGUUUAAGGACAAGGUGGUGCUGGACGUGGGCAGCGGUACUGGCAUCCUGUCCAUGUUCGCCGCCAAAGCCGGAGCCAGGAAGGUGUACGGGAUCGAGUGCUCAAGCAUUUCAGACUACUCAGAAAAAAUCAUCAAGGCCAACCAACUGGACAACACAAUCAGCAUCUUGAAGGGGAAGGUGGAGGAGGUGGAGCUGCCCGUGGAUCAGGUGGACAUCAUCAUCAGCGAGUGGAUGGGGUACUGCCUCUUCUACGAGUCCAUGCUCCACACCGUCAUCUUCGCCCGGGACAAGUGGCUGAAACCCGGAGGGCUGAUGUUCCCAGAUCGGGCUGCAUUGUACGUGACAGCCAUCGAAGACCGGCAGUACAAGGACUUCAAAAUUCACUGGUGGGAGAACGUGUAUGGCUUUGACAUGACCUGCAUCCGUGAUGUGGCCAUGAAGGAACCUUUGGUGGACAUCGUCGACUCAAAGCAAGUGGUGACCAACGCCUGCCUGAUAAAGGAAGUGGAUAUUUACACGGUGAAGAUUGAAGAGCUGUCAUUCUCCUCCGCAUUCUGCCUCCAGAUUCAGCGCAAUGACUAUAUCCAUGCCCUGGUCACCUACUUCAAUAUUGAGUUUACCAAGUGCCACAAGAAAAUUGGGUUUUCCACAGCUCCGGAUGCACCGUACACCCACUGGAAGCAAACCGUCUUCUACUUGGAAGAUUACCUCACGGUGAGGAGGGGCGAGGAGGUCUAUGGAACCAUAUCAAUGAAGCCAAAUGCAAAAAAUGUGCGGGACCUGGACUUCACGGUGGACUUGGAUUUCAAGGGUCAGCUGUGCGAGACGUCUGUGUCUAACGACUACAGAAUGCGCUAGCAGCCCCCCCGGGGGCGUCGGGAGAGAAGACCCCCCCCCCCCUCCCCGGCCCGUGGCAGAGACUGCAGCCCGCGGAAGGACGGAACGAGGGAACCGGCUUGGCGGGACCGGCGCUGGGGCGCGGUUGCGGGGGGCGGGCCGCCUCGCCCUCGGGCCCCCCUCACCUCCGGACAUCCCGGGGGGCCGGACUGGACGCCGGGGGUCCCCCGUGGCCGACGUGGCCGGCCUCGACAGCGCGGGGGAGGGGGGGCUCGGGGCGCGGACCCCCGGGGCACUGGGCUGAGAACUGUGAAACUUUGGAGCUCUCCCACAUUCUGCAUGUCGUGAGCAGUCACGGCCGGCGGCGAAGAGUAGAGCCCUGGCGGCCUAAGAAACCUCAGCCGGCUCUCCCUGUGCCUGUGUGCGGUGGGCAAUGCGGGGCUCCGAGAACGUGUGCGUGCGGUGGGGCAACAUGCGUUGGGUGCGUGUGCACAUGCAUGCGCGAGAGUG